AUGAAGGUUUUGCUUGCGCUUGUGGCGCUGCCGUAUGCGACGGGAGCUACGGACUUCAAUGCGGAAGCCAAAGUCAUUGUGGAUGGAAUGACCAUCGACCAACUGAUCGGCCAAAUGACGCAGGUGAACAUUAACUAUGUCAUCCAAGACCAGAACGCGAAAAAGGUGGUCGAUCCGUCCAAAGUCGAGGAGCUGGCCAACCAGCGCAUCGGGUCGUACUUGAACUCGCCCUUCAGCCUAUCGACGGCUGCAAACGUCACGGGAUGGAGCGCCACCGAAUGGCGCAGCGCGAUCAGUCAGAUCCAGACCACGCACAAAGCAACGACGGGCCACCCCAUCAUUUACGGUGUGGAUUCGCUGCAUGGCGCCAACUACGUCCAGAACGCCGUGCUGUUUCCUCACCAAAUCAACGUCGGCGCCACGUUCGACCCAGCCUUCGCCAGCCAAAUGGGGCGCUUUGCCGGGCGAGACACGCGAGCUGCGGGAAUUCAUUGGAUCUUUGGGCCGUGCUUGGAACCCGCCCGCCACAAAGGCUGGCCGCGCAUCAUGGAGACGUUCGGGGAGGAUCCGACGGUCGUGGCGGACAUGGGGCGAGCCAUCGUGCAGGGUAUCCAGAGCAACAACGUGGCCGCGUGCUUCAAGCACUACAUCGGGUACUCAGGGAGUGCGUCGGGAAAAGACCGCGACCCCGUGACCCUGAGCAAGCACGAGCUGCUCAACAUCUUCAUGCUGCCGUUCAAAGCCGUGAUUGACGCCGGGAUCAUGACCGGCAUGGACUCGUACAUUGCGUUGAAUGGCGUCCCCACCUCUGCGAACCGGCAAACGUCCAUCGACUUGCUGCGCACGGAUUUGAAGUUUGACGGGUUCUUGGUGUCGGACUGGGAAGAGAUUUACAUGAUGGAGUACUUCCACAAAUACGCAACCGACAGACAAGACGCCGUGUUCAAAGCCAUGUCCAACUCGUCGUUAGAUAUGAGCAUGGUCCCGACGGACACGAGCUUCAUUGGGAUCAUGAAGACCCUUUACGACAGUGGAAAGGUCUCCCUCGAUCGCAUUCGCACGUCAGCCCAACGCAUUGUCAAAGUCAAACUGCAGCUCAACCUGUACAACGACCCCGUGCCUGGGGCGGACUUAGUCAAUGCUGUGGGCGAUUUCGACAGUCAAAGUGCCGCCUUGGAAACAGCCAAGGCGUCGCUGGUGCUGGUCAAAAACACGAACAACGUGCUGCCGCUAGACCCCGCCAAGUCUUUCUUCUUCACGGGGCCCUCCAUUGACGACAUUGGGCUCCUUUGCGGAGGUUGGACCAUCCGCUGGCAAGGGGUCCAGGGUACCAGCAACUUCCCAGCGUACGGUCGAACGAUCCAAGCGGCCAUGAGUGCCGUGGUGGGCAAUGCCACGCGAGCUCAGUUCUACCAAGGAGUCAGCAUCGAAGGCACGUGGUGGGACAUCAACUUGGCCAAGCAGAAGGCCCAAGCCGCCGACUACACUGUGAUUGCGCUGGGGGAGCGGACGUACGCCGAAGAGCCGGGCAACUCGGACCCGUAUGAGCUGCCCACGGGACUGACCGACUACGUCAAGGCCCUCGCCACAACGGGCACAAAGAUCAUUUUGGUGCUGGUGGAAGGGCGCCCUCGCUUGUUGAGUGGCAUUGCAGACCUCGCUGCAGCUGUGCUGUACGCGGGUCUGCCCUGUGAAUUGGGUGGGGAAGCCAUCUCGAGCGUGCUGUUUGGUAGCACAAAUCCCAGCGGACGAAUGGUGAUGACGUACCCUAAAUCAACAGACCAAAACAACCUGGCCACGCCGUACUACGGACGAGUGGGGGACGAGUGUGUCGUCGGCGGAGUCACGACGCAUUGUCCGGUGGAAUGGCACUUUGGCCACGGGUUGAGUUACACGUCGUUUAGCUACUCGGAUGCUCAGUUGUCAGUCACGAACCUGACGCCGUCGUCGAGUGAGACGACGGUGACCGUCACCGUGACAAACGAGGGCAGCAUUACCGGCAAGGAGUCGGUGCUGCUGUUUGUGUCGGCGCCCGGGGGGCCUGAAACGAGAUUGCUCAAGAAAUACACCAAGGUCGAGCUGAUACCAGGGCAAUCCAAGGAGGUGAGUUUUACGCUUUCUCCGGAUGACUUUGGCAAAUACGUCAACGAAAUCGGUCAAGGGCUGCGAAAAGAGGCAACUGCUGGAACGUACUACGUGUCACUCAAAUAUGACACCCUUUGCAAUGCAGCCACCCUUGGCCCCCACUGUAAGGCCUUCACGUGGAACAGUGCCAGUGCCCCAACUGGCACUUUUUACAAGCUUCACGUGGACGCGUACAACUUUGUGCUUGCAAACCCGUCCUCGGAGCCAGUCGUGUUUGUCGCCGACGUUGCCAAUGCGCCUGCGCAAGAGUGGUCUUUUGACAGCGCCACGAGUCAAGUCGUGAAUCACGGCACUGGCCGCUGUUUGGAUGCAUGGGAGCCCAAGAAUGGCGGGGCGGUCCACACGUGGGAUUGCAGCGCCAACAAUAUCAACCAAUAUUGGUCGUACGAAGCCACGACAAAGCAACUCCGACACAAGACACACGCGGACUACUGCUUGGACAUUGGUACGCCUACUGGCACGAAGCCUCACUUGUGGCAGUGCCACACUAGCACGCAUCCGGAUGUCAAGAACCAGCAACUUACCCUUCUAUCGCCCUCCCUCGACCGAGUGGUGACCAACACGGCCUUCGGAACCGUACUGACGGCCGUGGGGGAUGCUGCCAUUGCGUUCCAGCCGCUCGUGGCUUCCAGUGCGACGCAGCUAUGGCAACUGGACUCGUCUCAACUGCUUCGGUCGACGGGGGCCCCCAACAAGUGCGUGGAUGCAUACAAGCCUGAGAAUGGUGGACCCGUGCAUUUGUGGGACUGCGAUGCUACCAAUGUCAACCAGCUAUGGACGUACGACGCCACCACAAAGCAACUCCAACACAAGACACACAUUGGGUACUGCUUGGACAUUGGUACGCCUACUUGCACGAAGCCUCACUUGUGGCAGUGCCACGCAAGCACGCAUCCGGAUGUCAAGAACCAGCAACUUAACCUCCUGUCGCCCGCCCUCGACCUAGUGGUGACCAACACGGCGUUCGGAACCGUACUGACGGCCGUGGGGGAUGCUGCCAUUGCGUUCCAGCCGCUCGUGGCUUCCAGUGCGACGCAGCUGUGGCAACUGGACUCGUCUCAACUGCUUCGGUCGACGGCAGUCACCAACAAGUGCGUGGAUGCAUACAAGCCUGAGAAUGGUGGCCCCGUGCAUUUGUGGGACUGCAGUGCUACCAACGUCAACCAGCUAUGGACGUAUGACGCCACCACAAAGCAACUCCGACACAAGACACACGUGGACUACUGCUUGGACAUUGGAACGCCUACUGGCACGAAGCCUCACUUGUGGCAGUGCCACGCAAGCACGCAUCCGGAUGUCAAGAACCAGCAACUUAACCUCCUGUCGCCCGCCCUCGACCUAGUGGUGACCAACACGGCGUUCGGAAGCGUACUGACGGCCGUGGGGGAUGUUGCCAUUGCGUUCCAGCCGCUCGUGGCUUCCAGUGCGACGCAGCUGUGGCAACUGGACUCGUCUCAACUGCUUCGGUCGACGGGGGCCCCCAACAAGUGCGUGGAUGCAUACAAGCCUGAGAAUGGUGGACCCGUGCAUUUGUGGGACUGCGAUGCUACCAAUGUCAACCAGCUAUGGACGUACGACGCCACCACAAAGCAACUCCAACACAAGACACACAUUGGGUACUGCUUGGACAUUGGUAGCCCCUCGGGCGAGUCACCGCAUCUGUGGACGUGCUUGCCUACGACCCUCGCUGACGUGAAGAACCAGGUGUUUGUGUUUUAG